AUGUCUCAAUUGCAAGAUUACUACGACCCUACCUCCUACGAAAAGGACCACGACCUAUUGAAAAGAGGUGAUAUCGUUGGUGUCGAAGGUUAUGUUGGAAGAACUCAACUAGAGAAAGGUGGUGAAGGUGAAGUAUCCGUUUUUGUUAGCAAAGUGCAACUGUUGACACCAUGUUUGCAUAUGUUGCCUGCCGACCAUUUCGGAUUCAAAGACCAAGAAACCAGAUACAGAAAGCGUUAUCUGGACUUGAUCAUGAACAAGGAUGCUAGAAACCGUUUCAUCACUCGUUCUAAAAUUGUCGGUUACAUCAGAAAAUUCUUGGACCAAAGAAAGUUUAUCGAAGUGGAGACUCCAAUGAUGAAUUUCAUUGCCGGUGGUGCCACUGCUAAGCCGUUUACCACUCAUCACAAUGAUCUUGAUAUGGACAUGUAUACAAGAAUUGCCCCAGAACUGUUUCUAAAACAAUUAGUUGCUGGUGGUCUCGACCGCGUUUACGAAAUUGGCAGACAAUUUAGAAAUGAAGGUAUUGAUAUGACACAUAACCCAGAAUUCACGACUUGUGAGUUUUACCAAGCAUAUGCCGACUUUUAUGAUUUGAUGGAAAUGACUGAGUUGAUGUUUUCAGAAAUGGUUAAAGAAAUUACUGGUUCUUAUAUUAUCAAAUACCAUCCAGACCCGGCUGAUCCAGCUAAAGAGCUAGAGUUGAACUUUUUUAGACCAUGGAAGAGAAUUAACAUGAUUGAAGAAUUGGAAAACGUAUUCAAUGUUAAGUUCUCAGCUGGUGAUCAAUUGCAUACUGCUGAAACUGGCGAAUUUUUGAAAAGGGUUCUUGCCGACAACAACAUGGAGUGUCCACCUCCACUAACCAAUGCACGUAUGUUGGACAAGCUUGUUGGUGGACUGGAAGACACGUGUAUUAACCCAACUUUUAUUUUCGGUCACCCACAAAUGAUGUCUCCAUUAGCCAAGUACUCAAGGGAUCAACCAGGUUUAUGUGAACGUUUUGAAGUCUUUGUCGCUACAAAAGAAAUUUGUAACGCUUAUACAGAAUUGAACGAUCCAUUUGAUCAAAGAGCACGUUUCGAAGAACAAGCUAGGCAAAAGGAUCAAGGUGAUGAUGAAGCUCAGUUAGUCGAUGAAACCUUCUGUAAUGCUUUAGAAUACGGUUUACCACCAACCGGUGGUUGA